GAAACAUUCAUGUAAACAUGCAACGAGGAAUAAGGAUGAAGGGAAAGAAAACUCGCAGUGUUAUCGCAAAUAAAGUUCCCAACUUGACUUCGUCGUUUGAAAGAAAACGAUGAUUUGUUUCCACGAAAUAUUAAGAUUGGAAUGAAGUGAAUGAAAAAGUUGCAGAAAUAUGGGCGUGUUCGACAGUCACGAGGCAAAAAACUGGCUGAAACAGUGGCUGGCCGUGUUCACCACGUGGACAGCUAUAUUGCCUUCUGUAAAGAUUGAAGCACAACAAUUACAUACAUACCUCCUCCGCCUAGCAGCAAAUCAGAGCCCUUGCUCACUAAACCAUGGAAAAGUAACAAACAAGUCACAAAUCGGUUGUCGAUUUCAUGAAAUCUUUCGAGAUGAAAUUCUAUUACAACACAAGCAGCAGCCGUCUUGGAGGAACGCCCCGACAGACACUUGGCACAACGACGAGUUUGCAAUUGCCAAAUUGUUUAUGCAGCCCUCGGGAUAUGACGACAAGACCAGUUUUGAACAAGUGGACUUUAAUGGAAUUGCAGCCUUCAUAUUUAACUGUGGACGUUUUUCAGCCACAACAGAGGCAUUAUCAGAUCAGGCUCGGAUUUCUACAAACAAAAUUCGCCACAUGCCGGACAUGUGUUCCAUCGCAUUGACAGACAAAGCAACCACAGAUUGUAUAGACAACCUGUCUAAGCUACUGAAUGAUCCAAAAUUCAACGGAGGAAAUGACGUCCAAAAAGCAUUGAGGCAACUUGCUAAGUUAAAAACUACCUUCCCUGAACUUCUUGGAGAACAUUGGAAAUUUAUUAUUGAAGAUAUUGCAACCAAAUGUCUUCAAGAUAUCCAUGACUUAUGCAAGGAUGAAAAAGAAAUAUGGAGAAAAGAAGCAGACCAGAAAAGGGCUGACUUUCAGUUUCUCGGCGACAACAUUCUGUCUAAAUUAACAGCAAAGGGUGAAACCGUCUUGGGUGAUAUCAAGAAAUUAAUGGAAAUUUCUCAGAAAACAAUAGUCAAUUCCAUUGGAGAUGGGAUAAAACAAAUCGAAGCACGGACUGAGAUAGGUGAACGAACGAUCUACGAAAGGACUGAAAUAGGUGAACGGAAACUCGCGGACAAAAUUGAAACGGGAGAACGAACGAUCAGUGAAAAAACUGAAACAGGAUAUCAGAAGCUCGAGAACAAGACUAAAAUAGGAGAACGGAAGAUCGGUGAAAAUACUAAAAAAGGGGAACGGAAGAUUGAUGAAAAGACUGAAAAAGGAGAACAAAUGAUCCUGGAAAAAACUGAAAAAGCACAGCAAGUGAUCAAGAGAACGACACAGACAGGAAAAAGAAAAAUCGAGGACACGAUUGAAAUGGGGGAACGAAAAAUUAAGCGUAAGAUAAAGGAACUCGAUGGGAAAAGUUGCAAGAUUACCAAAGCAGAUUUGAGAAAGGAGCUGUUAAAACUUUACAAAAAAUCUGCAAGCACAGUGCGUAUUCGGCUUGACAUCGAUGAGGCACUGGAAAAGGUAUAUGAAGCGCCUAAACUUACUUUAAAGAAAAACGGCAAAGACGAAGAAGACGAAAUAUCUGAAUUGGAAAACAUAUUUCGAAGCAGAGAGGGCACACUAGCUAAAACAAUAAUUGUUGAAGGCGAGCCGGGCUCGGGAAAGUCUGCAUUAUGUAAGAAGAUCGUUAAUGAUUGGUGUGAAACAAAACAUGAAAGACGAACAGAAACUGAAAGACACGACUUAUUAAGUCAGUUUGCAUUUGUAUUUUACAUUACUCUCCGCGAGGCAAAGAAUGAAUGCUACAUAAAGAAAAUGAUAGUGAAUAACAUCAUGGAAAGGAUCGGAUUUGAAAAAUCAAGAGCAGAAGAAUUUUUAGUUGAAAUUUUGAAAACUAACACCUGUCUGCUACUGCUUGAUGGUCUGGACGAAUGGCAGCACCCAGACGGAUGCAUUUUCGAUGAAAGAAUUCCGCAUGUUCAUACCAGUUGGGAAAACUGUAGCAUACUCAUCACCACAAGGCCGUACAAACUGGCUGAGUUUAAAAUUGGCUGCUCUCAAAUUGACAAUCAUGUGAUGUUGAAAGGAGUUGCGAACCGUAAAAAACUCGUUAAGAAAAUAUUAUCUGCAUUGAAUCUACUUAACAGCACACGAACACCACUGGAAUACAAAAUAUGCAUCACGGACAUAGAAGAUAAAAAUCUUUGGCAUUUCAGUGAAUGUCCAAUCCUGUUAUCUCACCUCGUUUGGCUUUGGUACAAAAAAAAGCUUUUUGCAGAUAUGAAAAUUUCUGAUGUUUACAGAACGUUGUUGGUGGAACGCUUGCCGAAAUCAUGUGCGAGAAAUUCAUCAAAAAACAACAAUGUGAUAAACGCCCUUAGCCAACUAGCCUUUGGAAAGUUGUUUGCUGAAGAUGAACAUAGUGCAAUUGUGUUUGAAAUAGAUGAGGAAGAAAAUACGACAUUCGCAAGUCAAAAAGCUGCGUUCCUUAAAUCUGGAAUCAUAUCCUGCACCAAUGUUCCUGGUGAUUCUCCGCAAUACCACUUCUUGCACAAAUCCUUUCAAGAGUAUCUAGCGGCUCUGUUUAUAUCAGAAAACGUUGCAAAGGGUUUGCGGCGUAUCAAACGCAUUUACAAAAACAACAGAUCAGACAGCGGAAUUAGCUUGUUCAAUAUCUUAAAUUUUCUUUGUGGUUUGAAUACAAAUGCCGCCAAAGAACUAUCGAAAGUUUUGAAUGAGCUGUUCACUGAUUUUUGCGAUAGAGAAGGUUGUUCUUAUAUGGACUCGCACUGGUUCCAAAAUAUGAUCUUAGAAGGUCAAAUUGAGGUGGACAGGAGUGAUAACUCAGGAUUUAAAUUGUGCCUGCAGCACUUCAAUAUUCAUGAUAUCGCUAUUGACGGGAUAUUUAAGAUGAAAGGGGGCGAAUUCAAAAUAGAUCAACUCGUUUUGAAGAAAAGAACAGCUUUAGAACAAUAUAUAGUGGCUAACCAAGCAGGCAUGGUAUCUUUGUAUAUACAUUCCAACAACUCACAUGCAUUGAAAUUAGCGAACAAUAUCGACAACGAAAUUCUUGAUUUAGAGCAUUGCAAGGGUCUGAAGUACUUACAUGUACACAAUAUAAGCUUCAAAGAUGUCACUGGUUUGAAUUUGAGUAGUUUAGUAGAAUGCAGUAUUAAAUUCGAAAGUCGCCAGCAAGCUCCGAAACUCACAUCUACAUUUUACAACUCUGAUUUUGAUACUUUGAAAGAAAUGAAAAAGCUUAAAUUGUCAAACAUGAUGGAUUUGAGCUGGCUACAUGAAGGUUCAGAACGGACGGAAACUCUUGAUUUACGACGCCUUGGAAAACUCGAACACCUUACCGAACUUCAAUUAGAACCAUUGUCAUACUCAGACGUGGUGAAUCUACAAAACCUGAGCCUACACUCACUACGUGUUGGAUUCAUUGACCUACAACAAGCACCGCAGUUGGUGUCAACGUUAUCAGCAAAUGGGACAUACCAGAAUGAAAGGGGAGGACUUUCCUCCCACCUGAAGCACGUACAAUUGAACAAUAUUCGCAUGUCAGAGGAGCAGUUCAGACGGCUACUAAAACUUUCACGAAAGCGGGAAGUACGACAUGUGAGUUGAUACAUUGUUCCAUAGAGCAAGACGAGGAUGUAUGGCAACUUCAAAAUGAAUUCGAUCAUCAGGUAGACCCAGCUUAUUGUACAACAAGCAUUGAACUUUCGGAUAUGACCAUCACAGUAGGGAUGUUUUUUCGUCUUGUUGACUGGAUUACUAUACUUGGUCAAUCUGUUGAAUGCCAAUUGAAACAUUUAGAGCUGAAGUCAAACCUUGCUGUUGAACAACCAACAUUUCCUAUGUUGUUCCCCAUGCCUCUCUCAGCUGAUUAUACUACGAAGUUGGUACUGACUGAAAUAGAGAUGUCAACAAAACAAAUUUGUCAAAUCGUCGGUAGGAUGGAUGAACUAAACCAUUCAGUAAAACUAAAAUUGGAUGGUUGUUCCGAAAUAUCAGAGGAGUACAAUCCGCUGAUGAAUCAGAUGGUCACUGCACCAGUCGCGUCACUGGACUGUUCUAAACACAUUGAAAUCUCUAGAAUGGAAAUAUCGGAAAAACUGUUUUGGGAUGUUAUGACCAGUAUAAUUCAUUUUGCGUACAUGUGUAUUGUGUCAGACUGUGAAAUACUGCGAAAUCAAGAGCAGCGAGAGAACAACCGUAGAGUAGAUACCAAUUCCCCUGCACAUACAGCUAAGCUCAUAUUCACGAACGUAAUAAUUCCGCAGGACGUGAUUUUGCGUCUGGCUAGUGAAGCCGUAGAAUCCGGACAUUUAGUUGAGUGUGAGUUUGAUGAUUGUGAGGUACCAUCUUCUCACGAAGGCAUCCCGUUGAAAGAAAAAAUGGAGGAACUUCCUGCCCUUCAGGUCGAAAAGUUCAUGGAGGGGAAAUCACAUUACUGCUUUAUCGACGAAGAUGAUGAGAACCAAGUAUGGACCAUUCGUUUUAAAGCUAACGCACAACAGUCUGCACGUGAAUGAAUCGUCUGAAGAGAAGCUCAAAGUCAUGAACAACAAUUGAACGUGUAGAAUGGACGUCUUGGUGACGGUAACGUGCUGUAUCCAUGGAGUAGACAUUCGUAUAAUUUGUUUUAAGAACGACACAAACAGUUCGUGUAUAUAACGGAGAGACAAAACGUAGAUUUUGUAGAUGUUAAACCAUUUUAGCAUGAAUUUAUUUUUGGACAAACUUUCUUUACUUGAUACUUUAAAUCAUAUGUCUCCCUUUUUAAAAAGAAAUGUAUGGAUGUCAUUGUCAUAAUUGCUUGUUGAUAAGAUAAACAUGUAGAAGACAUGACAUAUCUAUUGUUGAUAGGAUGAACAUGAGGAAGACAAUGACCUAUUGUUCUUCCUGAUAGAAUGCACGUCUUGAAGAUAAGUACGUAGUUUCUUGUUGAUAGGAUUGGCUGUGUGUUAUUAAUUAAAUUACCAAACUCACAUACUGUAAACACAUCAAUUUUCCAUUUGGCCAUUGCGUUCUUUGGGAAUGCCAUUUAUAUGACAUUCAGUAUUUUGUAAACAAACUGUGUACCUCUGAUGGUAAAAAGGCAUCAUUCGCCGCUGUUGUUUUGAUUUGGAUGUGUUUUAUCUAUGUUAUCGAUUUUAAGAAAUAUGUGUAUUAACUAUUCUGUAUUAACCAAUAUGCUGUUAAAUGUAUAUCUGUUGUUUAGAAUGUAGCUUUAGUAAUUCAUUUCAUUUUCACGUGCUUAUAGUGACACUGUAUUUAUUGAGCUUUAACGUGCACAAAACAACCAGCCAAUAGACAAUUGUAUGUGUUUAGGAUAACAGUGUUUGUACAAUGAUAUACUAUUGGCAGUUUGUAUAAUGUAAUAACCAUUCGCAGUAUGUACAAUGUGUUUUCCAUUGGCAAUUUUACAAUGUAUCUACCAUUCGUAGUUUGAACAAAGUAUUUACCGUUGGCAGUUAAUACAAUGUAUUUACCAUUGGCAGUAUGUACAAUGGAGUAACCAUUGACAGUUAAUAAAAUAUAUUUACCAUUUGCAGUUUGUAUUAUGUAUUUACCACUGGCAGUUUGUACAACGUAUUUAGCACUGAAAGUUUGAACAAUGUAUCUACCAUUCGUAGUUUGAACAAUACAUUUUCCAUUGGUAGUUAAUACAAUGUUUUUACCGUUGGUAUUUUGUACAAUGUAUUUACCAUUGAAAGUUUGUAUAAUGUUUCUAUCAUUGGAAGUUUGUUCAAUGUAUUUACCAUUAGCAGUUUGUACAAUGUAUUUACAAGUGUCAUUUUAAACAAUAUAUUUAAUAUUGGCAGUUUGUACAUAUAUCUACCAUUCGCAGUCUGAACAAUAUGUUUAUCAUAAGCAGAGUGAACAAUGUUUUUACAUUUUUUUUUAACGGUGGCAGUCUCUAUAAUUGAUUUACCAUUGGCAGAUUGUACAAUGUGCUUACAAUUGAUAAUUUGAAAACAGUUUCUACCGUUGACAGUUUUGAGUUUAUCUGCAAUAUUGGUUGAUGGUGUUAUAUAUGAUAAGAGAAGAUUCUUUUAAGCAGAAAUAGUAAGAUAAAAAGUCCUGACAUUGGAAGAAUAUUUUAUAAACUGAAAGUUUAAGUUCUAAACGAUUGAACACUGUUGAUUGGGAAUCUAAGUUAAAACUACACACUGCAACUACAUAUUUCUUUUUUUUUAAUUCCCAACAUAAUAUAGUAUUCUUCAUUUCCAGAUGACACCUUGUUAAUCAAGCACGUACGGUGAUUAAUAUGGUAUAUUAGAAAUAGAAAAGAAUAUGUUUCUGUAUAUCGGGUUUGAUAAAAAAUAUCUUUUUGACAAUAAAAUUCAAUUCGGAAUGUUA